GGCUAUAAACUAAAUCCCGCCCCCUGCUCCGUCACUGCCUGCCUGACACACGCCCCUCUCCUCUCUCUCUCCUCGGCAUAGGUGAGAGAGGCACACCGCAAUAUAAAAUCUGAAGGGGCUUGGAGAGAAGGGACCGCUCAAAAUCACAUAUUUUCACCUCACAGCAAGUGGGAAGAAAGGGAAAUCAGAUACAUGUGAUCAAAUCACCGGCGGGAUCGGGAUAGAGAUUUAAGGUUAUAAAGAUCGGGUUGAAAUGAACGAAGGAUGGACUCUCCAUUGCUUCCAUCGCUAGAGCCCAUUCUAGAACAGCGAGUGCGUGCAGCAAAGAAAAUUGGAUGCUGAGCUUAGUCGCGCGCGGUGACACUGAUUAUAUCAACAAAACGAGGAAAGCAGAAUAAUUGCGCUGUUUUAGAAGGCUGCAUCGGGAACAAAUUAAAUAAAUAGCAGCCUAUGUGAAAGAUAUAAUCAACAACAAUGGAGUUUGAGACUUGAGCUUGCUGCAUUUGCUAAGGUCUUGCUUCGUCACUGGCCCUGACUGAUCAACAGUCCCGGGGUUCUUUCUGUUCCCCUUACCACAGCUCCCCAUGGCCUGUAUCACAGAGUCCCGCGCCCCGUCCCCUUCUCUCUCCGGGUUCAACACCCCCCUCUCAGAACACACCCCUACCUUCAGGGGCCGGCUGGACGAUACCCCCGCCUGCACCCCUGAGAUGGAUCUGACCCCCACCCAGUGUGUCCUACGGAACGUACUAUCUAUAGACACCGGGGGUGCCCCGGAGCCCGACGGCGGGGGAGGUGGAGGUCAUAUCGGUGAACAUACCUGUGGGGGCCACAGCCCCACGCCUAGCGAGGAGCAGCAGGAGCACUUUGCCAACAGUGUGCUGAAGCUCCAUGAGAACGGGGAGGGAGGGGGUAGGAUGGAGGGAGAGGGUCAGGAUGCGGAGGGGGGAGCGGUGCGGAGCCAGGCUGAGGAUGUGAGGCUGCUGUCGGGAGGAAGUGGAGGGUUUCUGGAGGGACUGUUUGGCUGUCUGAAGCCGGUAUGGACCAUGAUCGGCAAGGCCUACUCCACCGAACACAAACACAACCUGGAAGGUAAGAAUCAUUUAGUCACAACAAGAGAGAGAGAAAGAGAUAGAGAGAGAGAGAGAGAGAGAGAGAGAGAGAGAGAGAGAGAGAGAGAGAGAGAGAGAGAGAGAGAGAGAGAGAGAGAGAGAGAGAGAGAGAGAGGGGGGGAGAGAGAUUGUGUAAUACUAACUGUGUUACUAAUCAUCUCUUCCUUCUCUCCUCUCUCUUUCCUCUCUUCCCUCUCUCCUCUCCUCCUUCUCUCCUCUCUCUUUCCUCUCCUCCCUCUCUCCUCUCCCCCUUCUCUCCUCUCUCUUUCCUCUCUUCCCUCUCUCCUCUCCUCCUUCUCUCCUCUCUCUUUCCUCUCCUCCCUCUCUCCUCUCCCCCUUCUCUCCUCUCUCUUCCCUCUCCACCCUCUCUCCUCUUCUCCAUUCAGGGGUAUCUGCACCCAGGCCCCGUGUUAUUGUAUCCUAAUGGAGUACUGUGCCCAGGGCCAGCUGUACGAGGUGCUGAGGGCGGGUAGGAAGAUCACCCCCUCCCUGCUCAUCGACUGGGCCAUGGGCAUGGCUGGAGGCAUGAACUACCUCCACCUACACAAGAUCAUCCACAGAGACCUCAAGUCGCCCAAUAUGUUGAUCACCUAUGAUGACGCGGUGAAAAUCUCUGACUUCGGGACGUCUAAGGAGAUGAGUGAUAAGAGCACCAAGAUGUCGUUCGCCGGUACGGUGGCCUGGAUGGCCCCAGAGGUGAUCAGGAACGAACCUGUGUCAGAGAAGGUCGACAUCUGGUCGUUUGGUGUGGUGCUAUGGGAGAUGUUGACCGGAGAGGUACCGUAUAAAGACGUGGACUCUUCAGCCAUCAUCUGGGGGGUGGGAAACAAUAGCCUGAACCUACCUGUCCCAGAGAGCUGCCCAGACGGCUUCAAAAUACUGCUGAGACAGUGCUGGAGCAGUAAGCCCAGGAACAGACCUUCAUUCAGACAGAUCCUACUGCACCUGGACAUCGCCUCCGCUGACCUGCUGUCUACCCCACAGGAGACAUACUUCAAAUCUCAGGCAGAGUGGCGUGAGGAGGUGAAGCAACACUUUGAGAAGAUCAAGUCAGAGGGGACGUGUAUACACAGACUGGACGAGGAGAUGAUUAUACGACGCAAAGAGGAGCUCAGACAUGCCCUGGAUAUACGCGAGCACUAUGAGAGGAAGCUGGAGAGAGCCAACAACCUCUACAUGGAGCUCAACGCUGUUAUGCUACAGCUGGAGCUCAAGGAGAAGGAGCUACUCAAGAGGGAGCAGUCACUGGAUAAGAAGUACCCAGGAUGCAUCAAACACCACGGCUCCAGACAAGAACGCUCAUCCAACUCCAUGGAGAAGCUCAUCAAGAAACGCAACGUACCUCAGAAACUUCCCGCGCACAGCAAGAGUAGACCAGACCUGUUGAAGUCAGAGGUGAUCCUUCCCAAGCUGGACUCCUCCAUGACCCAGGUGACCAUCCCCUCCUGCCCCCAGAAGGGAUCCACGUCCCCGGGGAGGUCGCGUCGGGCCAAGCCCCGCUACAGGAAGACGGGGAAGGGCAGCAGCGGAGACCUAGCUGGGCUGAAGGCUGCGUUAUCGUCCACACUGGGUCUGGCUAAUACUACGUCUCUGACCACCUCCAACACCACCUCCACACCCAGCAGCAAGCAGCAUCUGGACCCCAGCGCAGCUCUGAGAGGUCUUCAGCAUGAUCUGCUGCUGAAGAAGAUGUCUUCAUCCAGCCCAGACCUCAUCUCUACCACCAUGGAGGCUGAGGGCCGCCGUAGGGGACUGGAGAGACCUGGUCUGGAGAGAGGGGGUAGCCAGAGCGCCUCCGCAGGCCUGGGAGGAGGUGGAGGAGGAGGUGGUGGUGGUGGAGGGACGGAGGAUGGAGGGGUGGGGACAGACGACCAGACAGAGACCCCACCGCGUAGCAACACCCCCAGCGAGGACGCGGCCUCCAUACCGUUCUCCAGCAGCCCAGACUCCCCCUGUGGGAGGGGGGCAGCGGCAGGGAGGGGGUCGGUGCUGGGAGGCCCAGGAAGGUUACUUCAGGACGGGGAGGACAAGGAGGAGGGCACAGGGAUCAUCAGGUCACCCAGGAGCCAACACCUCACACCCGCAGCACUGCUCUACCGAAAACAAGUCACACGCAAACAGAGACGUGGUGUGUCCUCAGAGGAAGAGGAGGGAGAGGUGGACAGUGAGGUGGAGUUACCACGGAGACGUCGACCGGUAAGCAUAACCAAGUGCCAGUCCCUGUCCACCUUCAGCUCUGAGAACCUGUCUGCCGUGUCCGUGUCGGACGGAGAGGAGGGCAACACCAGCGACCACUCCCACAGCGGCACGCCGGACGUGGUCAGCACCAACACGGACGAGCGGCUGGACGACAAGAGUGACGACCUUCUGUCCCAGGGGUCGGAGAUCCCCGCCGACCCCGCCCUCGACCCGGCCGACGGUUUAUCAGAGAAGGAGGCCGCCAUACGCCAGGUCAAGACCCAGCUCAACACGGGGCAGAACUACGAGGGCCUGUAUGAUGACUCUGACUGUGACAGUGCAGAGCUGGACCACUCAGGCUGCACAGAGCCCCAGCACCAUAGGCCCCCCAGCACCAACUGGUGAGGAGACCAGACGCAGAUCUUAGCCCCACUCCCUAGUCCUACUCCCCCAGUCCUACUCCCCCAGUCCCACUCCCCAAUCCCACUCCCCAGUCCUACUCCCCCAG